CAUCGAUUUUCCGAGCUACACACGCUCACUCAAAGGCAUACAGAAGAGUUGAAAACAUCCGACCCUGUCUUGAGCAGAUGAUGCGGAAGUGAGUUUUGAGGUGUUGAAUCCAGGCAUGCCUCAGUGAGCAGCAGGGUCCAGGAUCGAGAAUCAGAGAGACAUCACCGGUACCAUUCUUGUUGUUCUCGACUCCAGCACACAAUUGCCGGAAAAAUGGCCAGCCCCUUCAAGCCAGCCGGGACGGCAAUCCCCUCCGCACCCCGGAACAGCGCCUCCCUCGUCAGCUCGUUCUUUCGCCGCCCCGGGCCACUCUAUCUUUCGGCCGCCAUUCUCCGCCUCAUCUUCCUGCUCUAUGGCCUCUGGCAGGAUACCAACUCACCCGUCAAGUACACCGACAUCGACUACCUCGUCUUCACCGACGCCGCCCACUUCGUCUCGCGCGGCCACAGCCCCUACGAGCGCGAGACAUACCGCUACACACCCAUUCUGGCCUGGCUCUUGCUUCCUACCGCACAGACGAUCGGCACCCCGCUGCUGGACGCCGCCUUGUUCAACUCGGGAAAGGUCCUGUUUGCCGCCGCCGACCUGGUGGCCGGGUGGCUGCUAGAGCGGGUCCUGGCCAGAGACAUGGAUGCUGCGACUGCGAGGAAGUAUGCCGCCAUCUGGCUUCUAAAUCCCAUGGUUGCCACCAUCAGCACGCGUGGCAGUUCCGAGGGGCUGUUGGGUGUCCUGGUGAUGGCGCUGCUCUCGGCGGUGAUGGCGAGGCGGACCACCCUGGCGGGCCUACUGCUGGGUUUCGGCGUGCACUUCAAGAUCUACCCUUUUAUCUACGCCCCUGCCAUCGUGUGGUGGAUGGACCGGGAGAGGAUGGGCAGCCCGCAGCAGCCUAACAAGCAGCAUACUCCGUUGCUCAGCAAGCUGUUCGCCUUCAUUACUAGGGCAAGGCUUCAGCUCGCCAUCACCAGCCUGGCAAUCUUCCUCGUCCUAAACCUAUGGAUGUACACCCUCUACGGCCCGUCCUUCCUCAACCACACCUACCUGCACCACGUAACCCGGAUCGACCACCGGCACAACUUCAGCCCCUACAACACGCAGCUGUACCUCGCCUCCGCCUCCUCCUCCUCCUCAGGCCCAGGUCUCCAAAUCGAGUCAGCCGCCUUCCUCCCGCAGCUUCUUCUGUCUUGCGUCCUGAUUCCGCUGGCCAUGGCCCAAAAAGAUUUGCCUUCAGCCAUGCUCGCCCAGACGUUCGCCUUUGUGACGUUCAACAAGGUUUGUACCAGCCAGUACUUCCUCUGGUACAUGGUGCUGCUUCCGCUGUAUCUUCCGCGGUCGUCGUUCCUCGCGGACAAGAGAAUCGGCGUCACGGCGUUAGUUCUGUGGGUGGCGGCCCAGGGGCUGUGGUUGCAGCAGGGUUAUGAGUUGGAGUUUCUGGGGCGCAGCUCCUUUUUGCCCGGGUUGUGGCUCGCUUCGUUGGGCUUCUUUCUGGUGAACUGUUGGAUUCUGGGGGUUAUAAUAGGGGAUGUGGGAACGCAGCCCAAGGCGGUGGCUUCAUAGAGUGAAGCCAAUCUAUCAUCACGACAAGUCGAGAGCGUGUCGUG